AUGGCUCUCAUACAGGAUUGGGUCCCGCCCACCAAAGAGAACUACAACUUCAUUCUCUUCUUAUGGCAGCUAUACCCCCUGUUCGCAUCUGUUCAAUGGCUGAUAUCAUGGUAUGGCAUGGGCAAGACCUCCGUCGAGGGAAGACUGAACCUGCCCGGACGCAUUGGCUGGAUGACCAUGGAGUGUCCCGGCUUCACCCUCCUGCUCUACAUCAUGAGCACCCUUCCUAAGGAGCACGGUAUCACCGACCUCCCCUGGCAGAACAAGGUCCUCGCGGGGCUCUUCGUCAUCCACUACUCGUACCGCGCCGUCGUCUACCCCUGGAUCCAGCCCUCCAUGUCGCCCAUCCACGUCCUCGUCUGGGCCCUCGCCGCCGUCUUCCAGGUCUUCAACGCCACCUGCAUCGGCAGCUGGCUGGCCGCGUACGGGCCCACGACCGCCGAGGCCUGGGAGCGCCAGCUCGCGCCGUGGCCGCUGCUGCAGUUCACCAUCGGCGUGGGGCUCUUCUACUUCGGGCUGGCGGCCAACUACUACCACGACGACGAGCUGCGCGAGAUCCGCCGCCGCGAGGAGCUGCGCCAGGACAAGAUUGCGCGCGAGAACGGCGGCGGAUCGCGCGAGGGCAUCAAGAAGCACUACCAGAUCCCCGAGGCGGGCCUCUUCAAGUACAUGCUGUACCCUCACUACUUUGUCGAGUGGGUCGAGUGGACGGGCUUCUGGAUCGCCUGCGGCCUCAGCUGCGUGCCGGCGCGCAUGUUCGUCGUCAACGAGGUCGCGGCCAUGCUGCCCCGGGCGGUGCGCGGCAAGAAGUGGUACCAAGAGAAGUUCGGCGAGGAGAAGAUCAAGAGCAAGUGGGCGGUCAUCCCGGGCGAGCUCCAGGCCUCCAUGAGCGCUAGGCAUAUCAUGGCGGUCGAGAAUGUGGAGAUGAAGACGGCCAUAAACUCAAUCUAUGCGCUGGUGCGGCCGUGUAUAGCGCCUGUCGUAGACGAGCCCCUCGGACACGAGGGCUCUCGGACCGCAAUGCACACGGUCGAGCUCAACGUCAAAGACCCAGCCAGCUCUGCCGCCUUCCUUUGUGAGGUCUUGACGCUCCCCAAGGCCCUCGUGUCUGCGGACAACAGGUCGGCCAUCGUCCAAAUGAAGAAUAUGCGUCUGGAGCUCCUCGCGGAUGCAGCGGAGGAUGAACCUGAGCUCCCCCGUGAACACAAUAUCAAGUUCAAGACAACAAUUUCCAAUAUCGAGUUUGCCAGGAAAGCAUUGGCGGCGAGAAACUCCCUGUGGGGCUUCAUGAAGCCGCGCGGCCAGCACGUCGUUGAGUUCUUGGACCUGGAUGGCUAUCACUGGGAGGCUACUGAGAUCAAGGGCAACGACUUUCGACCGGCGGACACGCCUCCGGUCUUGGAGCAGCAGGUCUACCAACUCAAGGUGGAGGACUUCUCGGUUGUGCCGGAGGAGAAGAAGGAUCCUAAGGACAAGGAAUAUGAUGUGGCGGACUAUUAG